AUGCCGCUCAUGUAUGGCGAGGGAGACCAUGCGUUUGCUCGACUGCAAAAAGAGAUCAACAGGAAGCACGCAGAGAAUGCCACAUUGGAUUAUUUAACCUUCAAAUUACCUACCGCCCCUCAAGCAGCCUUCAACUCCUUCGACAAUCAGCAUGGGGCAACUUGUCUUGCAGACACCAGAGUCGAACUUCUCCAAGAAAUAACAGAAUGGGCUGAUGGGCAGGAUAGGAGGUGUAUCUUCUGGCUAAAUGGGAUGGCGGGCACAGGUAAAUCCACUGUCGCUCGUACCAUCGCCAGGAUAUACCAUGAUCGAGGCAAUCUAGGAGCGAGCUUUUUCUUCUCGAGGCGAGGUGGAGAUGUCGGUCUCGCCGACAAGUUGUUCACCACUCUCGCCUCCCAGCUGGCGAUGAAAAUACCAUCUGCAAGAAGAUACAUCCGUGAAGCUAUCAUGGAGCAUACAGAUAUUGCGGUACAAUCUCUCCGGGACCAGUGGGAUCAAUUGAUCCUCCAUCCGCUCUCAAAAAUCGAAGGAAUUUCUUCUCCUUCGAUAAUUGUACUCGUCAUUGAUGCUCUGGAUGAAUGCGAUAGUGAGAGGGAUAUCCGGAUCAUUUUGAGGCUCUUGGCUACGACGAGCUCACUUGUGAAGAUCCGAUUGCGAAUUUUCAUCACAAGUAGACCAGAGAUUCCGGUCCGUUGCGGAUUCUCCCAGAUAGAAGCUGAUCGUCAGGUCUUCGUUCUUCACGACAUAUUGGCAACAAUAGUGGACCGUGAUCUUCGACUUUUCUUCGAACAUAGCUUCUCAACUAUCAGAGAAGAACGUGGCUUUGCUGUCGACUGGCCUGAUCGUCGAGUAAUCAGGCGCUUGGUCGAAACUUCGUGUGGUCUCUUCAUCUGGGCUUCCACUGCGUGCCGGUUUAUUCGUGAGGGCAGGCAGCUUGCUGACAGGCGAAUAUCAAUCCUCAUCAACGACCAUCGCUCUGGCGCAGGUCCGGAAAAGCAGUUGGACGACAUCUAUAUCACUGUUCUCAAAGAUUCUAUUCAGCCGGACUACAAUGAAGAGGAGAAAACAGAACUGAUCGACAAGCUAAGAAACGUACUUGGAAGCAUCGUGACUCUCUUCUCUCCGCUUUCUGUGGACUCCCUGGCAUAUUUGCUUAACAAGCCACCACGCUAUAUAUUGGAGAUACUGGCAGAUUUGCAUACAAUAUUCCACAUCCCUAGCCAAACAAAUCGCCCACUCCGUCCGCAUCAUCCCACAUUCCAUGACUUUCUUCUUGACAAGGACCGUUGCAGUGACCUCGAUUUUUGGGUAAACGAGAACCAUGCUCACAAAGCUCUAGGCGACAACUGCAUACAGCUUAUGUCGGAGAUGCUCAAAAGAAAUAUCUGUGGCCUCCAAUCACCAGGCACCCUUAUCAAAGAUGUUGACCCCGAUCUGAUAGAGCAAUGCAUUCCACCGGAGCUCCAAUACGCAUGCCUUUACUGGAUUCAGCAUUAUCGACAGAGCAGGAUACGUCUCUGCGAUGGGGACCCAGUCCAUUGUUUCUUCCAGAAGCAUUUCCAUCAUUGGCUGGAGGCCGUCAACCUAAUAGGAAGGGGCUCUCUCGUAGUUUACCUACUCAGAAUGUACCAUUCUUUACUUGAGCACGCAGAGAAUUUGCGCCAAAAUCCAUUUGUUAAGGAUGCAAGACGAUUUGUGUCGGCGUUUCAAUCAAUAAUGGAACAGGCACCUCUCCAGACGUAUUGCGCCGCUCGUACGGUCAUGGCGCCCACCAAUGAACUUAGGCACCAUUUUUGGAGUCAAAUACGGCCCUGGAGCAAAGAUCGCCGAAUCGCCGAAGCAACCGAUGCUAAGGACGAAUAUAAUUUCGUCAACGAUAUAGCUUUCACACCCGAUGGCCGGCAUGUCGCCUCGGGAUCAGUCGACGAAGUAGUAAGGGUUUGGGACGUAGCAACAAAAGCUACGCUCUGCAAAUUCGAGGGGCAAAUAGACAAAGUCAGUUCUGUGGCAGUCUCACUGGAGGGAACGAUGAUUGCCUCUGGCGCGGACGACACCACUGUCAUGGUUUGGGAUUGGGAAUCAAGAGCUGUGCGUUACACUUUUAAGGGGCACUCACGUUGGGUGAACUCCGUGGUGUUCUCACCGGAUGGCACGCUGCUCGCGUCAGGCUCGAUGGACGAAACGGUUCGAAUCUGGGAUUUGGAGAGAGGACAGGAGCUUGCUGCUUUUGAUGGCAACUCAAGUUGUGUCAAUUCCGUUGCAUUCUCACCCGACGGCUUAUUACUCGCAUCAGGCUCAGCAGAUCAAAUAGUGCGACUCUGGGACAUUGUGAAGAGAGAGCUACGCAUGUCGCUAGAUGGCCAUGCAGGCGUCGUCAACUCUGUUCGAUUCUCACCAGACGGGAAGCGAAUUGUAUCAGGAGCAGAUGAUAUGACAGCCAAGCUUUGGGACACGAUUACAGGAACAGAGUAUAUGACUCUGAAGGGACAUCGAAAAAGGGUCAUGACUGUUGCAUUCUCUCCGGAUGGGCAUACCGUCGCCUCGGGCUCCGAAGAUAUGAGUAUCAAGUUUUGGAAUGCAACUACCGGAACCCUAAUAAGGACACUAAAAGGCCAUACCAGCGGCAUCAAUGCUGUCACAUUUUCCCCGGAUGGCCGGCUUCUCGUAUCGGGUGCAUUCAAUGACGAGGUCAGACUUUGGGAUAUGGAGAGUGGGGAAGCACGUGGGGAGUUUGAUGAGUUCGAGGAGGAUACCCUAUCAACCUCGGGCGAAAAGGUGAACCCUCUCAACCCUGAAUUGAUCGCCGUUGCGGCAGGGGAGUUGAAAGAGAAGUCAAGCGCGAUUACCAGCGUAGUCUUCUCACUAGAUGGUCAGCUAGUUGCGUCCAGUUCACACGAUACCACGAUCAAGUUGUGGAACAAAAAUGGAGUGGAGCGCUGGCUACUCGUAGGCCAUUUAGGUACUAUUAGCUGCCUCGCAUUCUCGCCAGAUACCCGCUUAAUUGCGUCGGCCUCGACGGACAAAACGGUCCAGCUUUGGAACACUGCAACAGGAGCAGUAUUGUAUACACUUGAGGGUCAUUCUGGCAAUGUCUGCCUCAACCGAUUCUCAUUGGACGGGAAGUUCCUCGCUUCAUGUUCUACUGACAAAACAGCCAUACUUUGGCACGUUGGAACUGGGGCAAUAUGGUGCAAGCUUGAAGGGCACUCAGAUACAGUCAACGAUGUCUCGUUCUCGCCGAACGACAAUCGCUUUGUCGCAUCGUGCUCAGCAGAUGCGACAGUCAGACUGUGGGAUGUUUCCACAGAGGUGGCUUCCCGAACUCUCACAGGCCAUUCAGCUAUGGUGAACUCGGUCGCAUUCUCAUCGGACGGCAAGCUGCUGAUCUCUUGCUCGGCGGACACUACCAUCAGGCUCUGGAAUACAGCAGGAGCCCCGUGCGGAACGCUCAAAGGCCACACGCUUUCGGUCAACUCGGCGGCGUUCUCGCCAGACAACAAGCUGGUGGUAUCUUGCUCGGAAGACGAGACGGUCAGACUCUGGGAUUCGGAAUUAAAAUCCGCGCAAGGCGUGCUCAAAUUCGCGGUGGCGAUUCGCACCGUGUGCUUCUCCAGUUGUGGCCAAUACAUCGAGACUAAUAGAGGGGUGUUAGACAUUGGCUUGUUUUCCCUUAGUUCUCCUUCAACUGCCUUAGACCGCUUAUUCACGCUCUUCAUCAAGAGUUAA